CGCAUCACUCCUUUUUGCAGCCGAAGUCACUCUCUCUUUUGCGAAUUUCCGACCACAAGAUUCCUGGCGAACCAACAGUCUCUCCUUUGACACCAAGCCACAGACACUAUUCUACCCCGUCACCGCCCAUCUGAGAAACCCAUCACCUACCACCCAAUAUGGCGUACUCUCAACAUGACGACUCUUACUUCGUGGAGUCUGAAGAACCUCAUCACAGAAUCACAGCCCAAGAAGCAGCACGAAUGAUGGCCCGUCAACGGCAAGACAUCAUUGGCGUUGAGCUAUCACGAUUAGCAGGCGAUGAGUACCUCGAGGAUAUCAUGCAGCAUAUGCGACAAAUGGAGGAUGAGACUCUACCAGAUGCUUCCCUCAUCGAUAUGCAACGCGAGAUUCAGUGGUUCAUGCGACCUUACUUGAUCGACUUCCUCAUCGAGGCCCAUGCUGCCUUCGGCCUCCUCCCCGAGACUCUCUUCCUCACUGUUAACCUCCUCGAUCGAUACUGCUCCAAGCGAGUGGUGUAUAAGCAACACUACCAGCUAGUUGGAUGCGCUGCGCUACUCAUCGCUGCGAAGUAUGGUGACAAGAAGGACCGCGUUCCUCAGAUUCACGAACUCAACAACAUGUGCUGCGGACUCUAUGAUGCUGGCAUGUUCACACAAAUGGAGAUGCAUGUCCUCAACACCCUCGAUUGGAUCAUUGGCCACCCCACCGUCGACUUCUUUUCGCAACUAAUGGUAGCAGAGGAGGGUGACGAUCAGGAGGUUGCGCACAUGGCCGCCUAUCUGUGUGAGAUUGCCUUGUACCAUCGCGAUUUCGUUUCCACCAAACCUUCCGUUAUGGCUCGCUCAUCUCUGGCUCUCGCACGAGCUAUCCUUGGCCGCUCUGAAGUUAACGAUGGAGGUUGGGACCAGACAGAGAACGUUACUUUGAUCACAUUGUCGCACCACCUUCAUCAACCCUCGCCUACACUUGCGCGCAAGUACUCAACAACAGGUUUUUCUCGGGUGUCGCAGAAGCUGGCCGAGUUCAUGGCUGAGCAAGCUGCGAUCGCCCGUCGAGCUGCUAACCCAGCUACUCCCCUAGCCGAACCCAUCAACAAGCACACGAGCAACAUCUACAGCACUCCCCAAAAAGGACACAGCGCGAUGGGGUUCGAUGGUUACCUAACACCCCCGAUCACCCCUGACGGUAACUCCUUGAUUGGCAACCACAACAUGGCAAAGGAGUCUCACGGCUUACCUCCUCGAUGCCCGGUCACACCAACACCUCCACACCAUGCGGCAGUAUAUGGUCAACACCAAUACGUCGGAUACGUUAACCAGCAUGGCAUGAACCAAUAAUGCUCUUCAUGACAAGAUAUUGAAUCGACGAUUCGACCUUCGACGUUCACACAUGUACAUCAUCGUGGCUUCUACACUAUCUUUCCAACAUUCUAUUACUUGUUCGAAAUCAUUGCAUGGUCGCACAACAGAAUGAUCUUUCACAUAUGUUUUGGCAUUUAGCGACUGCUUUCAAUUCCCUUGCGAUUCAACAUUUUCUCCUCAAUAUCAAGUCUAGCGGCACCAAAAAAAGGAACACGCGGAUCAUACCCUUUUUUUCAU